CGACUGUCUGACGACUGCCCACCGAUAGAUGUGCGGGUCGUUUCAAAUUCAUUACUUUCCUCGAAACGAGAGGGCGAGCGCAGCAACAUAUGCAACGGAAACUAUCGAUGCAACAAUCGCAGAUCGCAGGUCCGCUAAUCAACUGUAUUAUAUUAUCAACUAUUGCGGAAUGAUUGUCAAAACACUUGUUAAAAAUAUCUACUUAACGAAAAUAGUGUUGACAACGGGUUUUCACACGACGUUUACAGAUGAUUUUCGACACGAAUCAUGGCUAUUAAUCUGGAUAUUAAACUGAAGAGAGCGAAUAAGAUUUACCACGAAGGGGAUAUCGUAGCCGGGAUAAUUCUGUUGAAAUGCAAUUCCGACGUGAAACAUGAUGGGAUUUUCCUCACGAUGGAGGGCUCCGUGAAUCUUCAGCUGAGCUCAAAAAAUGUUGGAAUAUUUGAGGCAUUUUACAACUCUGUCAAGCCGAUUCAAUUGAUUCAAUAUACCUUGGAUGUGGCACCAUCAGGUAAAAUCCCAAGUGGAAAAACCGAGAUACCUUUCGAGCUGCCAUUGAAACCUCGGGGAAACAAACCUCUUUACGAAACUUAUCACGGAGUUUUUGUCAGCAUCCAGUACCUCGUCCGAUGCGACAUAAAGCGAAGUUUUCUGGCUAAAGAUGUCAACAAGUCACUGGAAUUCAUCAUAGAGGAUAAACCAAAUAAUUCCAAUCUUCAAAAAGCACAUUCCAAAAUAGUAUUCUAUAAAAUAACACCAGAAUCUUUGCAGAAUGUCAGGGAACGGACCAUGAUCCCGAAAUUUCUGAUUUCUGGCAGACUAGACUCCGUCUUCUGUAAACUAUCGCAGCCUCUGACCGGAGAGGUCGUUAUCGAGUAUUGCCAAGUUCCUAUUAAGUCCGUUGAGCUACAGUUAGUCCGGGUAGAAACUUGCGGGUGUGCAGAGGGCUACUCUAGAGACGCUACGGAGAUCCAAAAUAUCCAAAUUGGAGAAGGAAAUGUCUGUACAGGGCUGGCAAUACCAAUACAUAUGAUAUUUCCACGCCUCUUUACUUGCCCAACACUAAAUACAAGCAACUUCAAAGUUGAGUUUGAAGUCAAUCUCAUCGUAGUAUUCGAGGACGAUUAUCUUGUUACUGAAAACUUUCCUAUAACUCUUAGCAGUAAAAGAGAGGAGCUAAAUGACAUCUUGGUGGGGACUUUCCUAAAAAACUUUGAACACUUGAUUAAGAAUUAAUCGUCUUCAAAUUUUGUUUACUGGAAUCCAACUUUUUGUAUAAAUGAUCGAUAGUA